AUGACGAUGACGAUAAUGAAGACUCCUCACCCGAAGUUCAGCCCAGAUCUCGAGCAGGUGCAGGAAAGGACCCAAGAGCAAGUGCAGGAAAAACUCGUUCGCGUUCACGAAGGCGGUCCCGCCGAAGACGCAGUUCGCGAUCACCGGGCCGAUCCCGCUCUCGAUCGAGGAGACGUAGCCGUUCUCGCCGUUCAAGAUCCAGAAGGAGAUCCCGACGUUCGAGAUCUCGCCGUUCAAGAUCCAGAAGAUCCUCUAGGUCACGCUCUAGAAGAAGGAGUCGAUCUCGAAGACGAAGAAGAGGAAGCCGUAGAUCGCGGAGAUCGAGGCGUUCAAGAUCUCGAAGACGAACGAGACGAUCCAGAAGGCGACGUGCAGGAAAAGAUGAUCAAAUGGAUGACGCGCCGGCAAAACGAAGAAGAAGAAGAACGAGAAAGGGAUCCGAUUGAUCACAAAUACUGA